AUGGCAGUGGCUACUGGUAAAUCUGUUAACCAACCUGCUUCCAACAACGCUCUUUCGCUUGUGGCUUCAUCUUUUGAUGUCUCGGGCCAGUUUUUUGCGUCAGUUGUCCCCAGUCUUGAUCUUUCGAAAGUCCAAGUCUCUUCUACUGGUGGAGACAUUACAGGAUCAAGUACUGCACUGAAUGUUAGCUUAGUUCUCGAAAAGGGUGUUUCUGUAAGCACCUUGACUUGGGCAUACCUCCCCGAGACCUUUUCUUCUGCAAGCCAGUCCAAGAAGAAGAGAAAGAGAUAUUUGGACGCCAAUACUCCUUACUCUCCUGAGUCUGCAGUUGUGGUUCUCGGUACCAACAGCGGUGAAAUUCUUGUGUACUCACCUGUUAAAAACGCAAUCAUUUUCAAGCUUCAAGGAUCUCAUGAGUUUCCAAUUAGUAGCAUUGAUGCUUCUUCUUCCAAGCCAUCUACUAGUGAUGCCAUCAAGACUUCUUCUUCGAUAUGGACUUGUGAUAACUCUGGAAAGAUUGUCGAAUGGGAUUUGACUACCAAGUCUGCUCUUCGCACCUUCAAGGCUGCGCAGCCAGAUAUUACACUAGUCAAGCAGCUUUCUUCUGCCGCUUCAAACGAGAACAAGAGCCCUCUUCUUUUGGCAUCUUCUUCGAUAUAUCUGAUUGAUUCGAACCAACCAACCAACACCAUCAAGUCGCUUCCUGCGUUUGCUUCGCCUGCUACACAACUUAUUCCAUCUACCAGCAAUACAGAUCUUGUGUUUGCAUACUCCAGCAAUGAACGCAAUGUUAGUGUCAUUUCCAUUUCUAAGGAAAAGCCUGUGGCUCUGCUUGUUGCUCAGUCCAAUGUCAAGAAGUUUGUUUUGAGUAGUGAUGAGUCUGUUGCAGCUAUUGUAACUGAGAACGGCACUGUAGAGAUUUUCAAUAACCCAUUAGCUACCAUUACGGAUUCUUCUGCUGCAAAUGCAGCAGCCACACCCAGCAAGUCUACUAGAAGCAGGAAGAGUUUGGCGGCUAUUUCUUUGACACCUACUAGCACUAUUGUUGUGACUCGUCCUGCACCUGCUACUUCAAGCAAGAAGCCUCUUACUGUGAAGCAAAAGGCAGCACUUCGUGUUAUUGUUGAAGAUGUUUCAUUCCCAGUCAAUGAUAACUACGCUACACUUACGUGGAUUGAACAUGGUACUAUUCCUGUUUUUGAAAAGGUUGAGUGGAAGAACCAGGAUGGCAAUGCCAAGACUGGAGAUAUUAGUCUUGUCAAAGCUAUCAAGGUUUUACAAGGUCUUGAGUCUAAGAACAACUUGAACAAUGAGGGUGAGGAUGUUGCUACUGCAAAGAGAUAUACUGAAGACACAUCUGCAGUUAAGAGUGGCAAUGACUUGUCGCAUUUAGAUGGCGGUAAGAAGGAAGAGAGCAAAGAUGAUGAAGAGGAGGAGGAUGAUGAUGAAGAUGAGGAUGACGAGGAGUCUAGCACUCUUGCUGAGCGCCUUAAUGUUUUAGAAGCAGAUGAGGAGGACAAGACUAACGGAUCUGGCCAAUCUUCUACUGGAAAGAAGAGCGAUAAGAACAGAGAUAUUUCAACCACUCUUUUAAGCAAAGAGUUUGAUGAAAUGUCACUCAAGACACCUGAGUCGUUUACGCUUGUUUUGGCGCAGUCGCUCAAGACCAAUGACCAUGCUCUGCUGGAGUCUCUUUUGACCACACACAAUGAGGAGAACAUCAAGGUGUCUGUGAAGCGCCUAGAGUCAUCUCAAGCUGUGUUACUGGUAGAACGUCUUGCGGAUAAGAUUUCUCGAAGCCCUGGACGAGCGGGUCAACUGAUGGUUUGGAUCAAAUGGACAUUGAUUGCACAUGGUGGUUACCUUGUGAGUGUUCCCAAUCUGGCACAAUCUCUGUCGUCUCUGCAUCUGACACUUUCCAACAAGGUUGGCAUGCUGCCGCGGUUGUUGGCUCUGCAAGGUCGUGUGGAGAUGCUGCGCACGCAGUUGCAAAUGCGCCGUGAGAUUACACAGCAGAUGAAUGGCAGUGCUGGUGCUCGUGGAGGAUCUGGGGAUGAUGAUGAGGACGACUCUGAUGUUGAUUCUGAUGUUGAUUACAUUGAGGAUGAUAAUGUUGUGAUUGUUAAUGGUGAAGAAGAUUAUGAUAAUGAGGAUGAGGAUGAUGAGGAGGAGGAUGAUGAUGAAGAUGAAGAUGAAGAUGAAGAUGAAGAUGAAGAGGAGGAGGAUGACGAUGAGGAAGAUGGAUUUACCAAGGGCUCUGAUUUCAUUGAAUUGGAAGCUGAAGAGUCUGAUGGAGAUGAAGAAGAAGAAGAAGAGGAGGAGGAUGAUAAGAAAGCACUGUUUGCACAAGACGAGGAUUAUGAUAUGAGUGAUGUGGAGGCCGAGGGAGUUGAGAAGCUUGCAGUUCCUGAUGCUAGUGAUGACGAGAUGGGAGCUGGCAAGCGAUCUUCUUCGAAGAAGGCAGUUGGAAAGCGUGGCGGGGCCAAGAAGGGAGGCUUUAAGAAGGCCAAUGGGGCUAGUCGUCGUUAA